CUGGCCCAGGUUGCAGCCAUGCCUCUCCUGGAAGAGACCACUCUGCCACAAGAGCACCCACCCACUGUCCCUGUUGUCAUUAUAGGCAACGGGCCAUCGGGUAUUUGUCUGUCCUACCUGCUGAGUGGAUACAAACCCUACCUAGACACGGCAACUGUCCACCCAAACCCAAUACUGUACAGGAAACUGCAGGAGACCAAGCAUCUGCCCAUCACUGAACAGGAUCUGGAGUAUUUGAGUGAAGGUCUUGAGGGGAGGUCAGGGAAUCCAGUGGCUGUGCUUUUUGACACACUGCUGCACCCCAAUGCUGACUAUGGCUAUGAGUUCCCUCCUGUCCUUCAGUGGAGGCGGGACAAGCAGCAACACCUCCCACAUCUGGUGCUGGGGAGGGCAACACCUGGAGGUGCCUGGCAUGGAAUGGAAGGCUCCAUGUUGACUAUUAGUCUUGGCAUCUGGAUGGAGCUUCCCGGAGUCAACUACAGAGACUUGACCAAUGGGAAACGCAGGGAUGUAACCAGUGACAGAGCAACCCCAGAGGAGAUCUCAUCCUAUUACCGUAACUAUGUGCAGCUAAAGGGCCUCCAAAAGAAUUUUGUUGACAACACCUAUGUGACCUCCGUCCAGAAACUCUGCCGGGGGCAUGAUGGGCAAACUGAUGAAGGCGAUGUGCAGGUGGGAGAUGGUAGAAAUGAGGGCUUUGAGGGUAGUGGAGUUGAGUGUGUAGACGAUGGAGCAGGGGGGGUUCUCUGGGAAGUAAGGGGAUACCAGCAGGUGCAGAACGACACUCAUGUACCCUUCUGUCUAUUUGCUGAGAAUGUGGUUCUUGCCACUGGUGCGUCAGAUUCACCGAUUCGAUUAGGUGUAGAGGGGGAGGACCUUCCAUUUGUGUUCCACAGUAUCUCAGACCUGGGGUUGGCUGUAGGCCUGAGAAAGCUGGAUAUGAACUCUGAUCCGGUUUUAAUUGUAGGUGCCGGUUUAAGUGCUGCAGAUGCAGUUCUGUGCGCUUGCAACAGCAACAUUCGGGUGCUGCAUGUCUUUCGCAAGAGCGUAGAUGACCCAGAUCUCAUCUUCAAACAGCUUCCCAAGACCCUGUACCCAGAGUACCACAACGUUUACAACAUGAUGUGCUCUCAGACCUACACAGAUGUGUCCACCUCCUCUGCUCCUAACAGACCCCAGGCAGUUAGUAUUGCCUCUUCGGUAUGUGCCAAGAUGUGCCCAAAGCCCCAGCUGGCCACAGGUAAUACGGCUGGUAACGCCAGUGUCGGCUUGUUUCCCGACUACACUAGUUUCCCAGAACACUGCGUGGUUUCCCUCCAGUCUGAUAUGAAGUGUUUGCUGCAGGGGAUAAACUCCCUCAAGGCAUUCAAGGUCUCCAUGGUCCUGGUGCUGAUCGGGACCAACCCCAACUUGUUUUUUUUGAAGGGGCAAGGCCAGUACCUGGGUCAGGAUCCAACUAAACCCAUCUCUUGCAAGCAGAACACCAUUGACAUCCACCCAUACACGUUUGAGUGUACCAAGGAACCAGGUCUAUUUGCCAUGGGGCCACUGGUGGGAGACAAUUUUGUUCGCUUUUUGAAGGGUGGCGCUCUAGGCAUCGCCUCCUGUCUGCUGAAGAGACUCAAGAAGAAAGGAAAGCUCAUCAGCAGUGGAGGAAACAACUUCAUUUGA